CGCCCUCAGCCCAGCUUUGGUUCCCGUUCAAAAAUCUUCCGUGUCUAUUGCGCGUGUUCGUGAAGAUCGUGAUCACGCUCAUCGUUAUUCGGGCUCGCACUUGCCGCACGAAUCUCUCUACAAAGUUAGGUCAGAGUCAGCCAAUAAUAAACUGAACUUCAAAGUGUUACUAGAACUGGGACCUGAGACUGGGAUGCCACAGGAGGCCCAGGCGCAUGCAGGUCAGCGCAGAGGGACUGGUGAGGGUUAUGAACGAGGGUAUUCUAAUCACAGAUCGUCUGGUGGUUAUACCAGCAGACAGAAUCACUACGAGGUGAGAUAUUUGAAGUAGUAUUUCAAAUCCGCCUAUGAGGGUUGGACUAGAUUUCAAAUCCGCGCAAUUUGAUCAAGUCUGAGGCGAAGCCGAGGAUUGGAUCAAAAUCGGCAAGGACUAGAAUCUAGUCCAGACCGAACUGGAGGAUUUGAAAUGACAAACUUAAUCACUAUUUAAUUAAUUUUGAUCCAGUUACAACACAUCAGACCAUACCGGAUUGCUCCAUACCAUACCAUACCAUACCAUACCAUACCAUACCAUACCAUACCACAUCAUACCACACCAUACCACACCAUACCACACCAUACCAUACCAUACCACACCAUACCACACCAUACCAUACCAUACCACACCAUACCAUACCACACCAUACCACACCAUACCAUACCACACCAUACCACACCAUACCAUACCACACCAUACCACACCAUACCAUACCAUACCACACCACACCACACCAUACCAUACCACACCAUACCAUACCAUACCAUACCAUACCACACCAUACCAUACCAUACCACACCGUACCAUGCCACACCACACCACACCACACCAUACCAUACCAUACCAUAUCACAUCAUACAAUGUUUUUUGACGCGCUAAACAUUACUUCUUUAAUUUCUAGCACCCGACAUCCAGACGAAAUACAGCAGCGAAUGGCCAUUCUUCUUCGCGAAGCCAACAACGUUCAUCAAAUGGCCAUCAGUUUGUUGGAAUGAAAUCUACACAGCUUUAA